GCCACCGUCACCCUCCCGCCGCUCCGUGCGUGGACCAGCUUCGCGCUGCCGGCGCGCCCCAACCCUAUGGCUGCCGCGAACCCCAUGCUCUCGCUGUCCUUUAUCCUGGCAGACAGUCGUCCGCUGACCCCGCCGGCGGCAGCGGCUCGUGCGCGCGAGGCGAGAGUGCCCCCAACGCAGCACCCUGUCGCCAAGGAGCGCAAACACAAGCGCAAAAUGACGUCGGCGGAGAAGCGCGCGGCCCGCUCGUGCUGCGUCGAA